UCCAGCACACACCAUGGAGGAGGUGGAGGCUGCUCUCUACACCAAAACUUUGAAAACCAUGGAUGAGAUGCUGAAGGCCUUGGUGUGCGAGGAUCAGGAGCCCAACCUUCUGGUGCUGCAAAUCAUCUUGAAGGAAGUGGAGGAGUUCAGAGUCCUGGGCCAGCUGGUGGGGUGUCUCACUCUGUGCUGUGUGGAGCAGGAGCAGGAGAUCUGGCAAUCGGCUGUGGAGGGACUUCACCACCUCUUCUCCUUCAUGCAGCUGCUAAAAUCCAAAAUGCUGGUGAAGCACGGCGCAGAGUAUCGGCAGAUCCUCAAGGACAGUCAAACUGAGAGAGCCUUCUGGGUCACCAACAUCAGCAAUAUCACAUCGCUGUUUGGGAAGUACUUCAACCCAUCCGAGAGCAUGGACUUCCUCCUCGUUGCUAUCGACGGCGUGAGAGACUCCAGCGUCCAUGACGCAGUGACGGCCAGGAACAUGCUGCAUAAGAUCCUGGAGGUUCCCGGCCUAGGCUUGGUGAGGGUGUCAGAGGCUGUGAGGAGCAUUCAUAAGCACCUGGACUCCAUCAGCGAGCCACUUGCCCGGCAGGAGCUGCUCAGGGCCCUUCUCCUGCUGGGUUCCCAGUUCAGCGAGGAGGUGGUCGGAACCCUGCUGGGCUGCUCACUAUCAUGUGACAGUGUUGCUGCGGAGAUGUGGAAGAUGCUGACAUCCCAGCCCAAGAGCACAGAAAAGAUCCUUAGGGAGCUGGUCAGCAGGCUGCAGGGGCAGGCUCCACGACGGCAUCAGCUCUCUCAGAGACCGGCCGGCGUCGCCUCCUUGGCCGCCACAAGAGCCCUAUAUGUGAUCCUGCAGGAGCAGGCCUGCAGGCAGGAAGUGAAGGAGCUCUUCCCUCAGCUCUAUGUCGCGCUGCUCUUCCACGUCACCCACACAGUGCAGCACACUGCUUCGCAGGAGAGGGAGCAUAACCAGGAGGACACGGACGCACCCCUCAGCCCCGUCAGGUUCGCGGUGAAGGCCAUGGAAGCUUUGCUUCUAUGCGCUGGCUACAAGGAGCAGGCCACCUUCAUGAUGAAGCAUGGCCGCUGGGACCUGCUCAUGAGCUCCGACACGCACCACAAAGGUGUCUGCCUGCUUGCCCGGGCCAUGGUUUCGCUCAAUGUCGAGGAGCGAAACUGGAUUUUCCACCAUGUCAUGGCCAUCCUCAAUGAUCGGGACGAUAGGCGGUACGUCCCGGCCGUGGCGCUCUUCAUUCAGCUCCUCAAGUGCCCUGACCUUGGCAGCGAGCUGGAAGACGCCAUCGUGGAAGAGAUGAGCGGGCUGCUGAGAGACCCCAAGACCAUGGUGCGCUGGUUGGCGCUCAAAGGCCUCCUCAAUCUGGCCCUUCACCCAGAGAAGGUGGGGAAACUCCAGCAUCUGCUGCCAGAUGUCCUGGAGCGACUCCAGGAGGUAGACAGAGACCUCAUCCGCAAGGCCAUCGCCGUGCUGAAACACCUCCUCGCCGGCAUGGACAGGCAGAGCGCCAGCUGCGCGGCUGUGCAAGUGGCUGCGCAACUCCUGCCGUUGUUUCAUGAUGUAAGGCCUGGCAGCUCACAGGAGAUCCCAUCAAACUGCAGACAUGUGACCAGCAAGCUCCAGGUGCUCUCCAUCACCCUUUUUAAAGACCUGCUGGAGCUUGUAAGGGGGCCCAACCGGAGGCAGAUGAAGGAGCAUGUGCUCCAGAGCCUGGUCCCACUGCUCCUCCUUGUGCAUGAUGAGCGUCCCAACGUGUCCCAGGUGAUCCACUACAAGGAGAGAGCUGAUGACUUCCUGGGCCAGACCAUGGCCUUCCUGCAGAACCCACAGACUCCAGUUAGGAAGCAGCCAUCAGGUUCCUAG